AUGGCCUCCCUAGGCCUUGAUUAUCUGGAUUCGGAUCCAGAUUCCGACCCUGAGGUUGUUCCCGAGUCUCCACCUACCGAGCCAAUCACCGUACCACCCACCAUGCCAAGCACCAUGCCAAGCACUAUGCCAAGCACCGAGCCAAGCACCGAGCCAAGCACCGAGACCUUCACAUUCCCACUUCCCCCGUUAGACCAGCAUUUUAGCACCCCAGAGGAAGGAAUCGCAGCAAUCAAUUCCUUCGCUAGGCCACAUGGAUAUGCCGUUUCAACCCUCCGAUCAAAAACCACAAAGAAAGGGGUAAAGAAGACGGUUCGACUAUGCUGUGACCGCGGUCGUACAUACCGAAACCGGGGUCCCGAUGGUGUAGAGCGUAAGCGCCAAUCAACUACACUUACAAUCGACUGUCCCUUCGCUAUUUCCCUUCGGCUUCAGGAUACAAAUACAAAGUGGGUCCUAACUGUGGAGAAUCCUACGCAUAAUCAUGAACUAUCGCCACCAUCAACCCACCCCGCUCACCGGAAACAGGAGGUUCUCACAAAGGCCGAGGAUCUCGAGAAGAUGCUUAAACAAGGGCUGCCUACCCGCAAGAUCAUCACUGGAAUACGCGAGGAUCCUGAUUCUUAUAUGACUUCCCGUGAUGUGUACAAUUACCGGAAGAAGGUUUAG